UGCGCGGUAUGUAAUUCGUGGCCGCGCUCGAGAAGAUUACCUCGCAUGCUUUCACAACCGUGCAUCCAGUAAGGUAGAGCACUAGACGGAGAGAGCAUCUCAGAAGGAAGAGAGGAAUUAUCGAAACGUUUCUAUGUCUUAGAAAGAGGAAAUCGUUCUAAGAAACAAACGUUCCAUCUGAUCGGUCUGUUCCACAGUCUCCUUGUGAUCGUUAAAGAUUCGCCCAGCUUAUGUUGAGUGAAUUUUUGUAUAUAAAAGACUAUAAGUGAAACUGAAUACUCGCUUUACAGUUUCGAACUUCCUUCUUUUUGUAUAUUUGAAGUAUCAUAUCGAUUUUAAUAGCCAGGUGAGUAGGUUGUGCAAAAAAGGCAACUUUAAAGAACAACAACAACAAAAAAGUGACGUGAUUUAAUAGUUACUUCUGAAUAGUUUUGAAAACCUAGCGGUUAAAACAACUACGUAGUAGAAAAGUGCGCUUGGAGACGUGCCAAUUUCAAGCUUAUGAUGGCGGACGAAAACAAAGACAAGUUAAAGACAGAAACAAAGAGCUCCUCUAAUGGUCAGUCUCCUCAACAAGGAACCGGCGAAGGAUCUGACACGGGGAAUGCAGAAUCUAUCUUGAUGACCAAAGCUCCAGAGGAUGACCUUCCUGAAAGAGGAAACUGGGUUGGCAAGUUGGACUUCAUCAUGUCUUGUGUUGGUUAUGCAAUUGGGCUCGGUAACGUUUGGAGAUUUCCAUACUUAUGUUACAAAAAUGGCGGAGGUGCAUUCUUGGUGCCAUACCUACUGACCUUACUUUUUGCUGGGAUUCCUACAUUUUUCCUGGAAACUUCCCUGGGACAGUUCUUAAGUGUUGGCGGACUAGGGGUCUGGAAAAUAUGUCCUAUAUUUAAAGGUGUGGGCUAUGCUGCAGCGGUUAUGGCCUUCUGGUUAAACUGUUACUACAUUGUGGUAUUGGCAUGGGCCAUCUAUUACAUCGUGUCCUCUCUUGACAUCGACAUUCCCUGGCGGACAUGUGACAAUUGGUGGAACUCGAUUUUUUGUAGGUCUGAAUAUGAUGAAAUGGUGACUCCUAACUGCACCGGUAACAUAAGGUUAGAUCCUCCAAUCUGCGCCUUCAACUUUUCAGAUCAUACUAUUUUCAAAAGCACAGUGAAGGAAUACUGGGAGCGAAAUGUGUUACAGAUAACCAGUGGGUUAGACGAACCUGGUAAUAUUCGGUGGCAGCUGGCCAUAACGUUAGCAGUCGCUUGGGUCAUUUGUUAUUUCUGUAUCUGGAAAGGAGUGAAAUGGACUGGCAAGGUGGUUUACUUCGCAGCCUUGUUUCCAUAUUUCCUACUCUUUACUUACGAUAUUUUAUUACCUUUGUUUUUUGUAUGGAUCGACGCUGCAACCCAAAUCUUCUUUUCGUAUGGUCUUGGUCUUGGAUCCCUGAUUGCUCUUGGAAGCUACAAUAAGUACAAUAACAACGUUUACAAGGACGCCUUGAUUGUGUCUUGCAUCAACACAGGAACGUCAAUGUUUUCUGGAUUUGUGAUUUUUUCGGUUGUGGGAUUCAUGGCGCAUGAGCAGCAGAGACCAAUCGAAGAAGUUGCUGCCUCAGGUCCCGGGCUGGCUUUUCUGGCUUAUCCAUCUGCUACCAUGAAACUACCGAUAUCACCCCUCUGGGCGGUUCUCUUUUUCUUGAUGAUAAUGAUGUUAGGUUUAGAUAGUCAGUUCUGCACCAUGGAAGGGUUUAUUACAGCUGUUGUGGACGAAUGGCCGCGUUUGCUUCGCCCUCACAAGGAGAUUUUCAUCGCUGUUGUUUGCCUAAUAUCUUACAUCAUCGGACUGGGAUUUGUAUCGCAGGGAGGUAUGUAUGUUUUCCAACUCUUCGAAUACUACGCUGCAAGUGGUUAUUCUCUUCUCUUCUUGAUUUUCUUCGAAGUGGUUUCGAUCUCAUGGUCAUAUGGCGUCAACCGUUUCUUUGACAACUUGAAAGACAUGAUAGGGUAUUACCCUUGUAUAUGGUGGAAACUGUGCUGGAUGGUAUUUACUCCUCUGAUCUGUAUGGGAGUGUUCCUGUUCAGUUUAGUGCAGUAUAAGCCUUUGGAUUAUAUCGGCUACGUUUAUCCCUGGUGGGGCCAGCUUAUUGGUUGGAUGUUAGCUUUGUCUUCAAUGCUCUGUAUUCCAGGUUAUGCAAGUUUCAAGUUCAUCGUAACCCCAGGAACUUUCAAGGAACGGUGUAAGAAACUAUUCCGGCCUGACAUUGAUAUCCAGUCUGAAAUCAGAGAAAGAAAGUUACGAGAAGAGAGCAUGACUCUAACAACGGCAGUCUGAGAUGUUUUUAGAAAGAAGAAUUAAAGCCUUGGCUAAAAUAAAAAAAACACAACAUGCUCUGUAGCGUAGAGAUCAACUUUCAGACUACUGUAAUGAAAUUUAAGGUUUGGUGCCAAAAUGUUAGGAAAUUAGGCGGUGAAAGUGUUUUUGGCCAGUAGAUGGCGCUAAAGUAUUCAUAGGUAGAGGACAUAAAUGUUGUUUUUUUAUCGUCAGAAUAUUUACUUAAUCAAAUACUUUUUAGAUGGGAUAUCUUAAUAAAUUUGUACUAUUUACGUAGAAUACAUUUUGCACAUUGCUUUAUAUAUGUGUCUUAAUAUACACUUAUAAGAGAAAUAGUUAUAACUAUUAUGGUGUGAUUUCAGAGUAAUCAAAACAUGAUCCAUUCGUUAUUCAGACUUUAAUACUUGAACAGCUUUUAAUGUUUCCUCGGUAUUUUAAAACAAAAGCGUAGUAAGCAAUGGACUUCGACUAUAGCAUAUAAUCUGCAGUUCAUUUCAUCUAUUGUUCACACUUAUUGACCAAUGGAAAGUAAAAUGUUACACAAACUCUUGUUCUAUGAUCGUGUUGAAAAAAACAGUCAUUUUAUUAGAGAGUGAAAACGUGGGUUGAGCAGUCUUCCUAUAAUCUACUUAUUGUCUUACGAUUUUUAUACUUAUUGGUGUAAAAUCGGAGUGACAUGUCCAGCAAAUCGAUAUGACUUCGAAGUGUUCUUCUAGAGUAGGUCUCAUUAUCUUGAUAUUCAAAAUGUAGAUUUAUAUCUUCAGAAUAACAUAGAACUUGUGCGAUAGAGACAUAAGUGUUUUUGAUUAGAAAAAAUCGUCGUUUUCAUCGUUUAAAAAUUUAUAGAUAUGCGCUUUGAUUGUCUUUCAAUCUCAUACUUUAGAUGGAUGAAUGUUAAGCUGAAAUAUUUAAUUUAAGUCUAGUUUGAUAUAGACUAUUUUUUGGAUAUGUCAUUUUAAACGAACUGUAUUUUUCGAAAAUUCAAAUUGGACCAGAAUGAAACAGAAAGGAUAUUGAAUUUUUAGCUAAAAUAUCACUUUUUUUUAAAGGAAAUUAAGCGAAUAUUUAAACAUUUUACGAAGCAGAUAUAUCAAAAGAAGUCGGUGUUCUUAAAAUUAAUUAAGGAACUUAACGGAAAGGUAUUUACACAAAUUUUGAAACAUGAGUACGAAUUUAUUUAAUUUCUUUUCUAUACAAUCCAUACCAAAACAUGUGAAAAUAGAAUACAUAUUUAGACUUUCCUAACAAAAUAAUCAACAAACAAUAUUCAAUCACAAUAUGUUUAUAUUGCAUAUUCGACUCGAAUCAAAAUUUAAAGACAAAAGUUAUUUUCCCUCAUAAAUACAAAAUGUGUUGCCUAAAUAGCAAUGUCAAUGAAGAAGA